AAAAGAAUCAACGAUUUCGCCGCAACUGUUAUAACCGACCCUUCGUUUCGACACGCCAUUGAAGAAAGGGCAUCAUGUUCCGUUCUUUGAUAGAAACUGCUCGGAAUAAUCCUCUAGCCAAACCAUUUUUCAACGAAGCAAACUGUCAAAGCAAAGGUAGCGAUGCUAGUGGGACAGGAAUGGCAGCAGCCGCGACAGGAGCCGAUGAAGUGAGCUGUGAAUUUGGAUCCAACAAAUAUUACGCCCUGUGCGGUUUUGGCGGUAUUCUCAGUUGCGGUAUCACACACACAGCCGUGGUACCCCUCGAUCUCGUCAAAUGCCGCAUCCAGGUCAACCCAGAGAAAUACGGUGGCAUUGUCAAUGGUUUUAGGUUAACAGUCCAGGAAGGUGGUGGACUGAAAGAAUUAACCAAAGGAUGGGCUCCUACUGCCAUUGGUUACUCAGCACAGGGACUUUGCAAGUUUGGUUUCUAUGAAGUUUUCAAGAUUGUAUAUGGAAACCUACUAGGAGAGGAAAACGCCUUCUUGUGGAGGACAUCUCUGUAUCUGGCAGCCAGUGCUUCUGCCGAGUUCUUCGCUGAUAUCGCUCUCUGUCCCAUGGAGGCGGUAAAAGUCAGAAUCCAGACACAGCCAGGCUGGUCCUCUACCCUCCGAGAGGGGUUCCCCCGAAUCCUCAAAGAGGAGGGAAUCAAUGGUUUCUACAAGGGACUGGUUCCAUUAUGGGCACGACAGAUUCCAUACACAAUGAUGAAGUUUGCUUGCUUUGAAAGAACGCUAGAAGCCCUGUAUAAAUACGUCGUACCAAAAGCACGAUCAGAUUGCUCCAAGGGCGAGCAACUCUUAGUGACAUUCUCAGCUGGUUACAUUGCUGGUGUAUUUUGUGCCAUUGUGUCUCACCCUGCUGACACAAUCGUUUCUAAACUGAACAAUGACAAAGGAAGCACCUUUGUACAGGCAGCAAAACAACUGGGACUUAGAGGAAUGUGGAAGGGACUGGGACCUAGGAUUAUAAUGAUCGGAACCUUGACGGCCCUGCAGUGGUUCAUCUACGACUCAGUCAAGGUCUACUUCCGUCUGCCCCGCCCACCACCCCCCGAGAUGCCCGAGUCUCUGAAGCGCAAGCUCAACGUUCAAUAAUGACAACCAAUUCCUAGGAUUUAAUUCAAUUUAAAAACAUUCAU